GGUAUGGUCUAAGGCCAGCAUUGAGAGUAUUUCCAGGUUCUUCCAGUGGCCAAAGUGAGUACUGUGAGGACUAAGGGAACUACAUACCCCAUAACAGUGUGGGAACGCCAUAGAAUUCAUUCCUUACUCUCAGCCUCAGGAGACCAAGGACAGGUGUCCUAAGGGAUAAGCUAAUUAGGAGAACAGGAGACUUGUGGGUUUUUAGAGCAGUGCCCUCAAGGAAAACUGCAAAUGUAGCCUUCCUUAUAAGCCAAGGUUGUAUUCCAUGCUGAAGGAGCACACACCCUCUCAACCCUCCUCCUCCAGGGGGCCCUCAUCACCUGCCCUACUACUCAUACUCCUGACUGUUGUCCCUGACCAUAGUCGUCAUGUCUCGGGGUCAAAAGAGUAAGCGCCGAACCCGUGAGAAACACCGCCACACCCAAGAUGACUCCCAGAGUGACAGGAACAUUCAGGCCACUGCAGCAACAGAAGAAGAGCCCCCUUCCUCCUCUUCUCCUGUUUUGGAGGGUAACUCCCAGAGUUUAUCAGCUGUGGAGUCAAGUAGCACUUCCCACGGGUCUUGGAUGGCCUCAUCUACCAGCAUUAAUUCUCCAGGUAUUUUUGGUAGAAUAUCUCAUGAAGGUGACAAUAACCAGGGUGAGGAACGUCCACAUUCCUCCCAGGUCUUACUUUCUACUGGGAACUCAUGCAGUGACAUCCUAAAUAUAAAGGCGGAUUUAUUGGCACAGUACCUUCUGUACAAGUACAAAAUGAAACAGCCCAUUCUGAAGGAAGACAUGCUGAGGCUUGUCCAUCGAAACUAUGAGGACCAAUUUGCUGAGAUUCUCAAGAGAGCUUCUGAGCUCAUUGAGCUUGCAUUUGCAGUUGAAGUGAAGGAAGCUGACUCAACCAGUCACUCAUAUGACCUUGUCAGCAAACUGAAGCUCCCCAACAAUGGGAGGGUGCGAGGUGGCAGAGGGUUACCCAAGACUGGCCUCCUGAUGAAUAUCCUGGGUAUGAUCUUCAUAAAAGGAAAUCAUGUCACUGAGGAGGAGAUCUGGAAAUUUCUGAACAUGAUGCAAGUAUAUGCUGGGAGGAAGCACUACAUCUAUGGGGAGCCCAGGAAGCUCAUCACCAAAGAUUUGGUGAGGCUGCAAUACCUGGAGUACCGGCAGGUGCCCAACAGUGAUCCUCCACGUUAUGAAUUCCUGUGGGGCCCAAAAGCCCACGCUGAAACCAGCAAGAUGGAAGUCCUGGAGUUCAUGGCAAAAAUCAAUGAUACCGUCCCUACCACUUUCCCAUUACAGUACGAAGAAGCUUUGCAAGAUGAGGAAGAGAGAGCUCUAGCCAGAGUCGCAGCCAGGCCUGGCACUACUGGCCAUUGCCAAGCAUGUUCCAGGGUUGCAUCUAGCAGCUUCUCCCACCCCUAUUGAAGUCUGAGGCUUUUUUUUUAAUCAUCCAGACAAGAAAAUAUGACAUCACAAUAGGGAUUAUCGUGGAAAUGUGAAAGAAUCCCAAAGUAAAAUUGUUGGGAUAAUGGAAUAGAAAAAAAUAAAACAUGA